CUAAAAAUUGAUUAUAUUUGAUGUUUAAGUUCAAUUAAAAACAUAUGCUGUAGUUGUAUAAAGAGCGCGUAAACGCCUUCUUAUUGCUCCUCCCAAAAAUCUUCAAUAUGACCUUUGUGGGCAUGCGUCGUACACCAUCGUUCGCAGAACCGCGGCUAUUCCAUUGAAGUUGCUUAGAGCGGCAGCAGCGAAUGACGCUGUGUAUAUGUAUUUGUUGUGUUGGUUAGAAUUGUUGGUUAGGUAAAGAGACAGGGCACAAUGUUUAUGUCUGGUUGGAAAUAUGAACUUGGGGGGGGGCUCUGCUGUCUAAGAAGGGUCAACAAGAUUUAUACCCAAUUAGCAUUUGUUUAUAAACAAUAUCGGUGUCCGAUAUUAGCCGCUGAUAUUUCCAAAAAUUCCAAUACGAGAUUGAGUGCUUUCCCACCAAGCCUUUUAAAUAGGUUAAUUUUACAACUUUUAUUUGAAAUUCAUCAUUAUAUAAUAUUUAUUAUCUGCUGUUUUAUCAAGCUUAAAUGCAAUCAAUUCUGUUCCUGUCUGCUAUUUUUAAACCAAUUAAUUUAAUUUAAUAUUGCACGAAGCUGAAUCUUCUGAAAAUCUAUUUUAACAACUAAAUAUGGUUGUAGAAAUCUUAGUAUAUUUCCGAACGAUUAAAGGUUCAUAUCAGAUUAUGUGACUAUAAGCUUAAGAACCUACUCCCAUUACCAAACUUGUUACCGCUACCUUUCCCAAUAAGAAACACAGCACUGUUGGUUGGGUAGUACCCCCUCACCUUGCGUUAAUCAGAAUCUGUGUAAAAGCAGUUGUCUGUCGCGUCAGGCGCAGCGGCCGAUUAGUAUGAGUGCACUAAAUUGAGCGUCAAUCAUUCUCGUUGUACGUACAUUUGUUAUUUCUUCGUUCUCAUCUCCCUCUCAGCAGCGUUCGAAAAAGCCAGUACAUUUGUGCUGGCGGUGUUGGCGACGACGGCUGAGGAAAUGGCAGCGAAUUCGAUGAGUUCUCUUCACUUCUCUCCACCUAAUUCGGUUCAGUUGAGUUCAGUCUACGCACCUUAACUCGUCGUCUCACCUCCGCCGACGUAUUUUGUUCUAUUCGGAUUCUUUCUUCCUUGUUUUUUGCUUGAUACCAAAGUUCUUCCCCUCUAAAUCAAGUUAAUUCAAAAGUUAUUAUUCAAUGGCGUCCCAUUAAGAACACAAUAAAAAUAAAAACAACACACAAUGGAUCAAACUUGUUAUGAGCACUUCUAAAUGUGCAUAUUAAUUGUGUAUCAAAUAUUUUGUGUAAAAAAAACAGAAAACUAAUAUGUUUGCUAAAACUAAAGCGCAUACAAAUAUAUAUAUAUAUGUAUAUAUAUUGUUGCAUAUAGUGUAUAAUGCAAUAUUUGAGUACGUUGAAAAGGAAUUUUGAAAAUCAAGUGACUCGUAAUCAGCACGGAAUUUGCAAUUGUCAUAAUUCUUGUAAAGUGAAGCAAACAAAUAACCAAAUAAUACAUAUGAGUAUAGAUUUGGAGAGGCGAAAACUUAAAAUGUACGUACAGAAAAGACGACUUAUUAACGUCAUCGUGUCAUUCUGUUUUUCAACGAUUGGUAAUUUUUGAGGAUCCUGCCUUUACACUUGAAAGCUGUAUUGGGAUCCAAGUAAAUGUGCAUGUACAUACAUACAUAUGUACACGUACAUAUAUAGAAUCGUACAAUAAUCGUUCCUUGUAUAAAUUACAAGUUUGUAAAAAGUUAUAUAUAAUUUAAAAUCAAUGAAAGUGCAGGGCACUUCAAAUAAUUAUUGAAGAUGUUCGCCAUGCAGAACAAGAUUCUGUGGUGUUUAGAAAAUGAAUAGUGAACAUGCAACAGUAAAAGCAACUCCUGGUGAGUCAGCGAAAGCCACAAUUACUGUUGCCACAGCUAAUGAAUUGAAUCGACAAUAUCAACAACAGCAACGACAUUCACCACAGCAACAUAUUAACAAUUCUCACCAUUUGCAGCAGCUACAAUUGCAACAACAACAACAACAAACACAAAAUCAUCAACUGAACGAGCCACAACAAAAUCGAAGACUACAAACAGCUCAACAACAAUUGCAGUUGCAGCAGUCGCAGCAGCAGAGUAAUUCAAUGUCGUUAAACAGUGGUAGUGGUGGGGUUGGUGGUGCUGCCAAUGCCAUAGCAACAACCCCUUCCUCUAUAGCCACUGUCACCGUCGGUGCUGGAGGCGGCAUGAUUGGUAAUGCUGUAAUACCAAUGGCAGCACCAGUCCAGCAUCAGCCAGUUUCAAUGGACACUGUUACGGCAGAGACAAUUGCGGCCGCUGCAGCUGGAGGUGGCACUCCGACCACCCUAACCACGACUCCUGUAACAAUCGGUGGUCUGAGCAUAAGUGUCACGAAUCCUGCAGCUGUCGUUACUGGCAAUAUUGCUGACACAAAGAUAGGGCAACCGGCAUUGCAACAGCACCAACAGCAAACACAUCAGCAGCAGCAAACAAUAAGCUCAACUGGAGUCACAGUAGCAACGGCAUCAACUACAUCAACUGCACUAUUGACAAAUGCACCAAACUUGAGCAAAUAUUGGGUAGUUUCAAAUGGCCAAGCGCUUCCCUAUAAUAUUUUGCCAAAUGGAACUAUAAUCACACAACAUCAGCGGCAGCAAGCAACGGACCAGGAUACACAUUCACAACAACAAGUUCAACUGCAACAACAACAACAGCAGCAGCAAACAAAUACAUUACAAAUUCACGCUGCGGUAAAUGCAAGUGAUGACAAUCGACAACAACAACAACAUGUACCGCAACAACAUCUAACUGCCGCUUUGCAGCAGGCACAGCAAACUCAACAACAACAACAGCAGCAGCCACAACAACAACAACUCCUGCAACGAGAAAAUAUUAAGGAGGAGAAACCAUUUUUAGAUAACGGAAAGCUAAAUCAAUCCAUAGUUAUGCAACACGUAGGCGCAACAGCUUCGUCCGCGCCGACGACGUCCGGUGCCACAACCAUAACUCUGGGUGCACCGAAAACCGAAGUAAAAGAUGAUGUUGGAUUGGGUAAACCGCCCAUUGAAAUGUAUAAAGUUAACAUUGAAGACUUCUCGCAGCUUUUUACCUAUCAUGAAGUGUUUGGUAAAAUCCACGGUGAUGUAAUGAAUCAAGCCGCACAUGCAGUGCCCAAUGCUGCACCACCACCGCACACUAACGCGAGCAACAAUGCAGCGGUUGCGGCUGUAGUGGCUAGCGCUAAUGCGGCCGCUGCUGCAGCUGCUGCCGCUGCGACAGCCGCAAAUACAACAAGCGGUGUGGUAGCGCCCACAACUACAACCAAUUUAACGACGGCAAUCAGCACAAGUGGCACCACGACUGCCCCCGCUACUGCUGUAACAGCAACGCCAACUGUGACCGGGGAGCUAUUGAUGCCCAAAAUGGAAGGUGGCCUGCCGGUUGUGGAUCAGACGACAACCAUCGCGCUCGCACCUGAUGGCACACCAAUUGCUACUGGUACACAUGUGUGCGAUAUUUGCGGCAAAAUAUUCCAAUUUCGCUAUCAAUUGAUCGUGCAUCGCCGUUAUCAUAGUGAACGGAAACCAUUCAAUUGUCAGGUGUGUGGACAAGGUUUCACCACCUCACAAGAUUUAACGCGGCAUGGGAAGAUACACAUCGGCGGACCAAUGUUUACGUGCAUCGUUUGUUUCAAUGUAUUCGCCAACAAUGCAAGUCUGGAGCGGCAUAUGAAACGACAUUCGACCGAUAAGCCAUUCGCAUGUACGAUCUGUCAGAAGACAUUUGCACGCAAGGAGCAUUUGGAUAACCAUUUUCGUUCGCAUACGGGCGAGACGCCGUUCCGGUGCCAAUAUUGCGCCAAGACAUUCACACGGAAGGAGCACAUGGUGAAUCAUGUGCGCAAACACACGGGUGAGACGCCACAUCGUUGCGAUAUUUGUAAGAAGUCCUUCACCCGCAAGGAACACUAUGUUAACCACUACAUGUGGCACACUGGUCAAACACCCCACCAGUGUGAUGUAUGUGGCAAGAAGUAUACGCGCAAAGAGCAUCUAGCUAAUCAUAUGCGUUCACACACUAAUGACACACCCUUUAGAUGUGAGAUAUGCGGCAAGAGUUUUAGUCGCAAGGAGCAUUUCACCAAUCACAUUCUCUGGCAUACAGCUCAAUCCACAGGCGAAACACCUCAUCGUUGCGAUUUCUGCUCGAAAACGUUUACGCGCAAGGAACACUUGCUAAAUCAUGUACGUCAACAUACGGGCGAAUCGCCUCAUCGUUGCACAUAUUGUUUGAAAACGUUCACACGCAAGGAACACCUAGUGAAUCAUAUACGUCAACAUACGGGCGAAACACCGUUCAAAUGCACUUAUUGCACGAAGGCAUUUACGCGUAAAGAUCAUAUGGUGAAUCAUAUUAGGCAGCAUACCGGAGAAUCUCCGCACAAGUGCACAUACUGCACAAAAACGUUUACACGUAAGGAACAUCUGGUAAAUCAUGUGCGUCAGCAUACUGGCGAGUCGCCACAUCGUUGCAGUUACUGCAAGAAGACCUUUACACGCAAGGAGCAUUUGACGAAUCAUGUGCGUUUGCAUACUGGCGAUUCACCGCACAAAUGUGAAUAUUGCCAAAAGACAUUUACGCGUAAAGAGCAUUUGAACAAUCAUAUGCGUCAGCACUCUAGCGACAAUCCACAUUGUUGCAAUGUGUGCAACAAGCCAUUCACACGUAAAGAGCAUCUUAUUAAUCACAUGUCACGUUGCCACACUGGUGAUCGUCCGUUCGCUUGUGAGACUUGUGGUAAAUCGUUCCCACUCAAGGGAAAUCUGUUAUUCCAUCAACGUAGUCACACUAAAGGACAGGAAUGUGAACGUCCGUUUUCAUGCGAGAAAUGUCCCAAAACCUUUAUAUGCAAGGGUCAUCUUGUCUCACAUAUGCGUUCGCAUUCAGGUGAGAAGCCGCACGCCUGCACAUUGUGCAGCAAGGCUUUUGUUGAGCGUGGCAAUUUGAAGCGCCACAUGAAGAUGAACCAUCCCGAUGCGGUAAUGCCCCCACCACCGCAACCGCAUCCGCAAAUUCCAGCUGGUAUAUUGGCGUCGGUCAAAGAGGAAAUAAAACCAAUAUUUCUUCCCCAUCAAACGCCGACCAUGCACACUAUCCAACAGAUAACAUCGGGCGCAGCAGCGGCAAACGCCGUGCAGUUGGCCCCUAGUCUUGUGCCGUUGGUUACCUCAACUAUAACUUCGCACAAUAACCAGAAACCACAGCAGCAACAACAACAACAACAACAACAGCAGCAGCAGCAGCAACAACAACAACAGCAAGCACAUCAACAACACCAACAACAGGUGCAGCAGCAACAACAGCAACAACAUCAACAGCAGCAGCAGCAACAACAACAGCAGCAACUACUACAACUAUCCAUACAUCAACAACAGCAGGAACAACAUCGUCAACAUCAGCAACAACAACAACAGGCGCAUCACCAACAAACACAGGUGCAGGCACAACAACAAGCUCAUGCACCUCAACCGCAACAACCGCCAACUGUGCCUAUCGCACUCAUACAAACCGAUCCGAGCGUGUUGGCUCGUGCAGCCAUGCAGUUGCAACACUUGCCAGCGAAUGUCGAGCAACAUCCGGUGGUUUACUAACAGCAGCAUAAUUUCACACACUGGUGAGGCGCGUUGACGGCAGCGUUCAAUAAUAAUUGUAACAACAACAACGUUAAUGAUAUUAACGCGGUGGAUAGAACGGUGCUGAGAUAAACGCGAGGCUGCAUCUGCUAUUAUAAUGGCGCAAUGGCGACUGGUGCUUAGAAAUUCAGCCGAGAUUGGAAGUUGUUGGCGUGUUUGUGAAAAGGCAACAUUUUUAUGAAGCGUAAGCAUUAAAGUAAGGCAGAAUUCAUAUGGUUAAUGAAGUUUACUUUUCUGCACAUAUUUCUAAGAUGUUAAUUUAAGCCAAUUGUUCUAACAGUAACAGUGCUGCAUUAUUGUACACGCAUAUAUAUAGCCUGAAACCAAUAUUAAGACCACAAGCAACAUUUUUCUUUCUGUAUAAUUAGAGAAUAAGUUUAAACCGCAACAUUUCAUGUGAAAAAGAAGCCAGGUUGUUGAUAAAUUAUUGAAAAACUCGCAACAUGCUGUCAUCCGCUAAGCAUAAAUCUGAUGUCGUAAGCAAUUUCUAAUUCUAAUGUGCUUAUUUGAAAACUCUAUUUUUAAGCUUUACUUUUCAACUUUACUGUUUAUUUCGAACUUUCGAGCACUUUGUAUUGAGAGUCUCGAAUAGUAGUUUUGUGCAAUAUUGACGAGUUUUCCAGACCUCUACUUCUAAAGUAGUAGCACUUUUUUUUCGUAACCAGUGUUUUUCUUGCCUUAUUUCUUCAGAUUUAUGCUAAGUAGGUUUUCAUCGAGUUUGGUUGAAACGAUUGGAUACGCGCUGAAUUGUGGAUUUUUAGUUCACUAAUUACAUAAAAGUAUUUAUUUAAAAUUUGCGAACUGCCCAAUUUGAGAAAGUUCAGACAUUAAUUAAAUUGCAGUGACUUAAAAUAAAGUUUUUGUUAAUUAUUAUUUUUUUUAAUUUGUUAUUAAAAAAUAUGCUUCCAAAAGCUUUAUUUAUUUUCAAUUAAAAUAAAAUUUGUCAACUAUUUUGGAUUAAGUAAAUUUCAUAAUUCGCAAUUAAGCAGAUGAUUUUCAAAAUCGUGUUCUCUUUCGUUCUACGGUUUCAUUGCAUACUAUGAAGAAUACAAAUCGUGCCAUCCAAUGUGUUUUAGAUACAUACAUAUAACUAUGUAAAGUAUCGACGAUAGUUGUAUAUAAUGAAUUCAUAUAUAAAAAUAUAUAUGCAAAGAAGUAUUUUGAAAAUAUCAACAACAACGUGUAGUGAGGCUGCGAUCUCGAUAUUCCUUUUUACCCUUAUUUUUUUUUUUUUUGUAAUUUCCAACUCAGUUAGUUUUUCUUUAUUAUCUGCAGCUAAAUGGUUUAGAACUUUUCGGUGACAACCGUUUUUAAUUAAACUACAAUUUAUUAAACGUAUAAAAGUAAAAUAUAAGAGAUACGCUGUAUUAUUCGCAUUUUAGAAAUGAGUAAAAUUAAGAGACUCCGAGGAGACGAGACGUAAUUAGAAUAAAAGAGAAAAUUAUUCUCAUAAUUGACUUUGAUUUAAAUUUUUGUUGGUUAGGAUCGUUUGUUGUUAACAAAUGAUGAAUGAUAAAUGAUGAAAAAUUAAAAUUACAUGUGUAGUAGUGUGGCUUUAAGCGUAGUUUUUGCAAAAAUUGUAAAUUAAAGUUGAGCAUUUGAAAUUCGAUAUUACUAUUAUUGAUGAGAGCAACAAAAAAAGGAUAAACAUUUAAAUAUGUACGCAAACCAGCAUAAGAACGUGUAAAAUUCCAAAUUAAACUAUUCAUUUACAUGUAACUAGAAAUUAAGGCAGCAGCAGCAAUAAUAAGAAAAUAUUUAAAGAAGUCUAAAAACAAAAGCCUACGCAAAAAUUUUAAAGCGACAACUUAGUGAACAUUAUAUGAAAAUCAUUAAAUUAGUUAUACAUACAUACAUAUAUACUAUACAUACAUUAUAUACAUAUAUAAAUAUGUUAUUGGAUCCGUUAAUCAUAAAAUUAUUGUACUAACGCGUAUUACACGUACACACAUAGACACAACACAACCAGACACGUUCGCAAAGGACUAAUGACUAUGUGCAUAUAUACAUACAUACAGUAGUUAAAAUAAAAUAAAUUCAAACCAGUUGUGGCAGUAACUUAUUGGUUCCAUUAAAUUUAUUUAAAAUCUUUAACAAAUUAUCUUCAAACGUAAACUACAUACAUUUUGAUUAUUAAUUAUUAUUAUUGAAAACCUUUCUGGCUCUUAAACCGAAAUAUUAUGACUGACCCAAAUGUAUAUUUCAGAUCAAUACAAACCACACUGACAUUUCAACUGGUGCAGAAAGUAUUUAUAUAGUAACAAAAAUCAUCGAUACAUCAUUACAUACAGACAUACAUAGAUAUUUAUCAAUUGCAUAUACACAAAUGAAAUAUUUAAUCUAACGUAAAUACUAAAUACAAUUAUACAUAACAACAGCAAAUACAAUACUAAACAAAAAAAUAUUAACUGUUAACGCUUUAAUUUACAAUUAAUCGAUACGCAUAAAUGAAUGUACGAUAAAAGGAUAGUGGUUAAUUAAUAAUAAGGUAGGAGGGGGGAAGGUGAGUUCGAUUUUUUCGCGCAUAAGCGGCGGCGUUAAGCAAGCGUAUAGUAAACGAAAACACCAGCAAAAUAUUUUGUAAGAGAUAGCAAUCUAAUGCUUAAAUAUAUAUACACACAUUACUAAUAAAUGAAAUAAUGAUAAAAUUAUUGCAUAAAAAGUAGUUUUAGUGGAUAAUAUAUAUACAUACAUAUAUACGAUAUACACUUAGGCCCAUUUACUAAGCUAACAACUAAUACAACAAGGAUUGUCAUUAUAUGGAUAUAAAAAUAAUGCAAAUAAUAUAUA